AUGCAUGGAGGAGGAGCGGCCGGGGUGGCUAGCACCUCAACUGUGCACGAGUCACCCCCGGAGCUUCUGAGAAGGUGUGACCGUUGCAAGGACUCCCCUGGUCCGGAGCAGAGGUUCAGUCGCGGGACGUCGCCACAGGACAGCUGUGCGCCCGGCGCGGGGACGGCGAGCGCGUUCAGCACCCUGGACAGCGCCACGGGCGGCGACAAGUGCGGCGGCGCCCGCGCUCCGUCCUCCCCGAGCCGCUCCCGCUCCGCAGCGCAGCGCGCUCGGCCGGGGACCCGGGACCCCGUGCGUGCCGCCGCUCCCCGCGUGCCGUUCCGGACCCUGCCCGCCGCCUCUGCACCCGCCUGGCGAGCCGCUAGCGCCCGGGGCCCGGGAGAGGCGCUGCUGGCGGGGCUGCCGGCGCUGGUGGGGCUGCCGGCGCUGGUGCUGGCCGCGUCGCCGCUGUCCUACGCGCAGGGGCUGCUCCUCUGCGCCUCUAGAGUUGAACCGCGCGCGCGCACCUCGGGCUUCUUCCAGGUGAACCUGUCGCUGGGCCAACUGCUGCUGGCUGCGCUCGAAGUGCCCUUCACGCUGCUCGGCGUGCUAGGUGGGUCAGGCCCGUGCCAGGCCAUCGGCUUCCUGGACACCUUCCUGGAGUCCAACGCGGCGCUAAGCGUAGCGACACUAAGCGCAUACCCGUGGCUGGCGGUGGGUUUCCGGCUGCGCACGUCCGGACUUCGACCGCGCCACGCCCGCCUGCUGCCGGCCUACGCGUGGGGACAGUCGUUGGCCUUUGCGUUCACUGCGCUCGCCUGCUGGUGGCUCGGCUACAGCGGCGCUUGCGCGUCCUGCUCGCUGCGCCGCCCUACGAGCCCGAGGCCCGAGCUUCCCGCCUUCCCCGCUGCGCUCAGCCUCACCGCGCUGGAGGUGCUGCGGGCGACGCGCAGCCACUGAUGGCGCAUCAACGUUGUCACCAUGCAGGCCCUGGAGCUGAUGGCAGACCUGCAUCCCGGGUAG